AUGCUGAUCGUGUAUUGGAGUGUUGAGGGCCAUCAGUUCAAUAUCUAUGAAGAGGCGGGACGUGUGCAUGUGUUGAUUAUGGUGCCGUGGUCGGAUCCGCUCUUCGUCUGUGUACUUCUGAUCACUGGCCUCUUCGACCUCUCAUAUGGAACACUCACCAUCCUCCGCAUCCUCAACGUCAGCGAUCACCGCGAGCUCAUCCGCCUCCGCCUCCUUCGCCUACACAAACCCCUACACACACACCCUUCAUCCGCCUCCUCACACACCCUUCAUCCGCCUCCUCGCCCUCUCCUCCCUCCUCGCCCUCUCCUCCCUCCUCCUCGCCCCCUCCACCACUCCGUACCACUCAUCUCCCUCUCCAUCAACACGUAUUCUACCCCCUGGGUUAGAACUUGGCUGCGAACUCAGGCUUCUUCGAGGCUCGAGGGUAGCGCGGAUUCCGCCGGACGGGCGAGGUGGAGAGGUGGAGAGGUGGGGCAGCGACGGUCGUUCUUUGGUAACAGCUGA